AUGACUUCACACGACGAAGAGGCCCGCAAUGAAGCGGCACCAUUGCUACCAAACAAUGAAGAAAGAUCUGUCUCAGAAUGGCCAGCGAAUGACUGGUGGACUGAGCUGUCGCUCAUAACACGCUAUACAGUUCCCCUGGUAGCAACAUAUCUUCUUCAAUACUCUUUCAGCGUUAUCACGACAACAGCAGCUGGUCAUCUCAGCCCAGAUGACUUGGCAGCCGCUGCAAUUGGUGUCACGACCAUGAACAUCGCUGGUCUCGCUCUCUACGAAGGAAUGGCAACAGCUCUCGACACCCUCUGCGCACAAGCAUAUGGGGCUGGCAACAAGACGGGUGUUGGCCUGCAUGUCCAGCGUAUGCUUCUUCUCAUGACAGCUGUUACCAUCCCUGUUGCUGCAGUAUGGGUAUGCUCCCCCGCAUUCCUGACUCUCAUCCUCAAGCAAGAGCAUCUCGCCGUCAAAGCAGGCUCAUUCCUCCGAGUCAGUAUCCUAGGAAUCCCCGGCUAUGCUUCCUUCGAAGCCCUAAAGCGCUUCCUCCAAGCCCAAGGCGACUUCAACACCGGGAUGGCAGUCCUGGUCAUAUGCGCGCCUAUCAACGCCCUCCUCAGCUGGCUCUUCGCCUUCAAGCUCAACCUCGGUCUCGAAGGCGCCGCUCUCGGCGCAGCGGUAGCCAACACCCUGCGUCCAACCCUCCUCCUAAUCUGCAUCUUUUUCAAAAGGUCAACGCACGAAUGCUGGCCUGGCUUUUCGCGUCGUGCCCUGCAGGGCUGGGGACCCAUGGUUCGGCUAUCUGCCGCCGGAUCGGCUGUCACGUUGGCGGAGUGGGCUGCGUUUGAGAUCAUCACCGUGAGCACGUCAUACGUGAGCACGAUUCAUCUCGCUGCGCAGACGAUCUUGACUACUACUUCGAUUGUGAUGUGGCAUAUUCCGUUUUCGCUUGGUGUUGCUGUUAGUACGAGGGUUGGACAUUUGAUUGGCGGUGGACAUGUAAAGCCUGCGAGACGGAUUACGAUUCUUUAUGGGAUCAUGUUUGUUGGUUUAGGGUUCUUUGAUGGUGCGGUUUUGUUCUUGUUGAGGAAUUACAUUGGGCCUUUCUAUGCGAGCGAUGAGGAAGUUCGGAGGAUUGUUACCAAUACCAUGCUUGCUGUGGCGGGCUUCCAAGUGGUCGACUCGAUUGUUUGUGGAUGCAAUGGUGUGCUUCGUGGUUUGGCCAAGCAAUCUGUGUCAGCAUGGGUUGUGUUCUUCGUCAACUACUUUGCCGCUGUUCCCAUUGCGGUCUGGCUGGAGCUGGGACCUUUGGAUAUGGGUCUGAAUGGUGUUUGGUCUGGAAUGAUAGGUGGCUCUGCAGUCAUUGCACUUAUCGAAGUCAUCUAUAUGAUCAAAGUCGACUGGAGAAGUUCCGUCGAGGUAGUCAAGUCAAGAGAGGAUUAA